ACGGUGUGAGGGGCAACGGCGACCGAAGAACCAGUCGGCUCGGCUCGCCCUGGUCGACGGUGCGCGUGUGUUGGUGGUGGUUGCUGCAGCUUCGGCGAUGGCAGCCUACGCGUCGUGACUGCCUGUGAUAGCCCCUCGAGGAAUACGCGUGCAUUGACACUGCCGGAGGAUUGCUUCUCGUGUGCGUUGGCGCCGUGUUUUGGCCAAGAGUCCAAACUCCGCCGGUACCCUACGGGCAUCAUGCAUCGAGUCAAGCACGCUGGACAGUUCUCUCGGUGGCAGCUCUUCACAGUUCUGGCUGUGCUGCUGGCGGCGCGGUCAAGCAGGAGUACGCCCCUGGAACCCGAAGGACGGGACGUAGUCGAAGGCGAGAGCCUGAGGCUCUCGUGCAACUUCAACCCGGCGCUGGCGAGCCGCAACCUGCUCUACUUCUGGUUCCGCACGAACCGACACGGCAAGGAGAACGCGGCCAUCAGCGGUAGCGCGCUGGACCCUCACUACAGCGUCGAGUACAACCCGGCCGAGGGCCGCUACGCCCUGCUCAUCUCGCGCGCCCAGUACGACAAGGACAACGGCCACUACGAGUGCAAGCUCAAGGAGAGCGGCAGCGGCGCCGACGUCCACAACGCCGCGUACGACGUGACCGUGCUCAUCGCGCCGGGCGAGCCUCGCAUCACGCCGUCCAGCCCGACGGCGCUCGAGGGCGAGCCCCUGGCGCUGACGUGCGCCAGCGAGGGCGGCAGUCCGGAUCCCGACGUCGACUGGUUCCGCGGCGACGAACGGCUGCCGUCGGCGUUGACCCGGGGAGGAGCCCGCGACCGGCCGACGGCCGCGGUUCUGACCCUGACCCCCGGACGUGAGGACGACGGCGCCGAGUUCCGGUGCCGCAUCACCAACCGCGCCAUGCCGCAGGGAAGCGCGUACGAGGCGCGCACCACGAUACGCGUCCACUAUGCGCCCAAGAUCACGGUUGGCCCCUACAACCCGUUGAACGUGAUGGUGGGCACCGAUGCCACGUUGACGUGCUCCGUGCUAGCCAAUCCUCCUGUGCGGUCUGUGCGGUGGAUGAAGCGAGGCCAGCUGCUGUCAAACACGUACAACCACACAAUUCCAUCUGUAACGCCUGAAGACAGUGGCAACUACGCUUGUGUUGCUGACAAUGGAAUCCUGCAGCCUUCACAAGUGGAGCUGCAUCUUAGUGUGCUGUAUGGACCCCGCGUGAAUGUGCUGCCGGAGCAGGAAGCUGCACAAGGAGAGAAUGUGGCCAUCAAGUGUAAUGUUGCCUCAAACCCUGAGCCCCACUCCAUCUUGUGGACCAAACAAGGGGACGGCCAGUUCGCACUCCAGGGAGACACACUACGUUUGGACCGCGUCACUGCUGAGGAUGCCGGCACUUACAUAUGCCAAGCCACGGUCAUCAUGCGACCUUCUGCUACUGCUAUCCAUACGGAAGUGGUCGGCAACGACUCUGUUGUGCUGCACGUGCGACACAAACCCGGAGAGGCAGAAAUCACUCCCCAGGGCCCCACGGCUGUGGCGGGCCGCCCUUUUGUGCUGACAUGCGGUGCCCGUCCUCCUGGCUGGCCACGUCCCGAAUACCGCUGGUGGCGUGAGGGACAGGAACACAUCGACCUCGGUCACCGGUCCAACCACAGCUUCCUCUCAGUGCACAGCAGCCACGAGGGUCGGUACUUCUGCCAACCACACAACGCAUUGGGAAAAGGAUCCAUCGCAUCGGUCUACCUGGCAGUCAAUGAAGCGGCUACUAUCAUAGUGCCUCUGAGGCCCCAGAUCAUUCGCAAAGCGGGCGACCAGAGCCAGUCUGUGACGUGCCGUGCCCGCGGGAAGCCCAAGCCACAGGUGCACUGGACCCACCGAGACAGGGAACUAAAGAUGAGCCCCGAGUCUGGCUUUGAAAUCAAGACCAUCGAGAGCAUUGAGGACAACGAAGUGUUCUCAGUCCAGAGCACCCUGACGUUUCAGCGAGCUCUCACCCCCGAAGACCGAGGAAAAUAUGCCUGCCUGUUCGACAAUGGCUUCGGCGGUGCUGCCAAAUCAGAAAUGAUGCUUAGGAUCGAACACCCUCCUCAAGUGAGGCACACCUACAAUCGAGUGGCCUUCGACCCUGGAGACAUGGCUGUGCUCCGCUGCCAGAUGCAGGCCUACCCCGAGCCAACUUUUGAAUGGGUCUACAAAGGCCGCAUCCUCGAACGCUAUGCGAACUAUGCCACCAACGUGACUGAUGACGGAGAUGACCUCUACACUGGUGCCUUGUCGGUGGCAGAUGUGAAGGAAAGUGACUACGGUGACUACACCUGCCGUGCCUGGAACCAAGUCGGAGAUGUUCAGCGAACAAUACUCAAGCUCGUCAAAAAGAGUGCACCUGACCAACCAGGUCGUCUUGUAGCUGUAAGCAGCGACUCCGACAAGGUCACAUUGCAGUGGACUGAAGGUUUCAACGGAGGCUUCGGCAACACGGAAUUUGUCGUCACUUAUUCCAACGUUGCUAGUGGACAGACAAAGAACGAGUCCUGCCGAUCGCACAACCCGUGCACCAUAACUGGUCUGGAGCCUAAGUCGGAGUACGUUAUGAAGGUUGUGGCUGUUAAUGCAAGAGGAUUCAGCUCAUACUCCGAAGAAAUUACUGUGCAAACGAAAGUUAACCUCAAGGACAUGCCGCGGCCACUGUCUGCCCAAUUCGAUCAAGAGACGGGCCGAGUGUACUUCACUGUUGAACAGAACACAGAGAGGCUUUUGGCGAGGGUCGAAGGUCGUGCUCGUGGCCAGGAGCAGUGGACGCCCCUGGCUGAGGUGGAGGUCGACCGUCCCCAGAUUUCCCUGGAAGUUGCCAAUGCUGCUGCCCUUGUCGACAUCCGUGUGCUGCUCUGCCUCCAGAGCAAUGCUUCAUGGUGCGGAGACGAGCGUUUGGCCGAGCCUUUCGAUGAGUUCUCCAUGACGACCGAGAGCAGUCUGCAUCCAGUGGGUGCCCCGGUGACCAUCAAGACCAUGAACGUUGUCAUCAUUGUCGCUGUGGCCGCGGGGCUCUUCUUCCUCCUGGUGGUUGUGUUUGUCUGCUGCUGCUGGAAGAGGAAAGCCAGCAAAGUAAACAAGAAGGAUUACGAAUCUGAGGUCCAAAAUGCAAGACCAAAGGUUAUCAGCGGACCUUAUUAUCACGAUGACGUGGGCAAGGGGCUGGACACGAACGUCGAUGACAUGAACAAGCACACCAUCUAUGCCGGAAGCAUUGGUAGCUCCCCACACAUGGCCAACGGACAUGCUGGAAACCAGAUAACGUCCAACGGUAUGCUUUACGGAUCAGCAGACAUGUUGGACGGAGUGCAUGGUGGCAGUGGUAGCGAUGGUGCCGGUGACCUCUGGGUGAAGGGAGGACAGGGAGAGAUGUCCACUCCUCCGGAAGCGUCCUAUCAGCCCUAUGACGCCCGCAUGCCAUCUGGGUACUACUACCCAGACGACUACCAGGGACUCAACGAGGAUGUCAUGAACCUCAAGAACAGGGAGCAUUUGCAUUCCCCCUACUAUGACGUCAGUGGACUUCCCGACCCCUAUGCCACCAUGGGUGACGAAGAUAAGAACCCCCAGAUCUCAUUGUCAUUCGAUGAAAGUCUCGAAUCUGGCUACUCCACUCCAAACUCGAGGAACCGACGCAUUGUGCGGGAAAUAAUCGUGUGAGCAUGCACGUGGACUUGGAGGACUGUUCUGUUGUAGCCGAACGCUUGCGGACGCACAGAGCAUCUGACAGACUUUGACCACAAUGUGUCCGGAAAACAAUGCGGUGUGUGCGCGUGUGCGUGUGUGUAUGCAUGUGGCUGUACGGUGAUAAAAAAAGAACUGGUCACUGGCAGCAGAUGUGCUUCGAGAGUCACGGAAGAAAGAAUGGAGCAAGCUGCGUUGAGGCAACCUGGAAGUGUUCACGUCUUCAAUGCAUCUAGAAACCAGCUCGUAAGGAUCGGCCUUGACACUUCAACGCCUCCAAGUGUGUAGUGCUAGCAAGAGGAAUGCAAGAGCAAGAACAUUUGCCUGCAGCUUGUGAUGGUCUUUGGCCCCUUGCAGCAUGUUUGCAAAAGUUGAGCCCGAGAGAAUGCAAUAUUUAAGGUCUUGAAUGCACCUAGAAGGCGGUUCAUUAGCACCAGCCUUCACGCUACAGUGCCUCCAAGUGUGCAGUGCUAGCAACAGAAAUACAAGUGCAAGAACACUUCAUGACACCUCGUGAUGGGCUUUGCCCACUCGCAGUAUGUUCGUUGUUGCCGAGUUUGAGUGAACGGCCGCAUUCGUGCUGUUGCGAACACAUUUUUGGUAGAAGAGGUGACGUGCAAGAAAACUGAUGUUAAAACUCGGGCAGUGCCUCUUAUGUUCUUAGUGUUUUUGCUCAAAGUGAGUGUUAUUUGUGCCUUGGUUGUCAAUAUUGUUUGCUAUAGUUGCUCGCUCGUGAUUGACACUUUUUUAUUACCAUGUUUAGGGUGCUGCAUUACGGGAGAUAUGCUGCUGCAGUGCCUGUGCAAGACAUUUUUAUGGGGGCCAAACUUCUUGCCGCUCAACUUUUGUUGGCUUGCGCUGUUUUUUUUUUCUUCUUUUUAAUAAAGGUCGAAAUACUGUUGCAACACUCAUGCUCAGCGAAAGCUUGGAAUUCUUGAGGAGCUCAAGCUGUUAACAUUUUUUAUUGCAACAUGAAUGUAACCACCUGAGGACCAUUAGCUGGCGUCAUCCUGCUUACCACAUUCAUCUUCACUCAGCAGUCGUUUUUUUUAAUCAAUACAGCAUAAGCAUAUUUACUGAUCAUAAUUGUUAUUGUGAAAACAAGUGAGCUAGAUGCUAAGGCUGUUGCUUCAUUUUAGUUGCAGAACUACUUCUGAAACGAUUGUAGCAGUUGUUAAGCUUGGACUGGUGCUCACUUACAUUAUGCAAGGAACACUUUCUUCUUUUAUGUUCUUGUUCAUUUAUAGCAGCCCAGCAAAUCUAGCAUCAUCUGGUUCACUUAUUCGAUCAUCAUCAUAUAACAUAACCAGCCCCAGGUCUAUUGACAUGCGCCACAAAGCUGGAUUGUGUACAUUUAUUUUAUAAAUUUAUUAAUAACGAAGUGGCGUAAGUAUAUUGUACAUGCCAGGUUCUCAUUUCCUCUCAUUCUCAACCAUGGCACACUGUUUAUUCAGAUUGUCAUUUCCCUAAUGAAACCAAGCAGCUUCACUUGCGAGAGUCUAAUUCGCGAAAAAUAGUUUUCAAUAGUUGCACGUUUGCCAGUGGACAGUAUAAUCUGGUGUAAUAACUACAGUCUUAGUUUGCUAACUGCUCAAAUCGAAGCUCUAAAUUGCUCGCCACAGAGGUGGUUGUGUAAAUUCCAAACGACAGCAGUUUCUACUAUCAAUUUAUACGUUCACUUCAGGGUAAGCGACAAAAAUCUCUGCUUGUUGUGGCUGGUGUCAUCGUUCCUGAUAUCAUGCCACACCUUAUUCCAACAGUUGUCCUUUUAUCAUAUGCUUUGCUUCACUAUCAGCAGUACCAUUAUGGCUGCGCAGGCAUAUCAAGCUCAUAAAUGGUUGGUACUGACAUUAGUGACCAUUCGCUGCAAAUAAACACAUUUUUUUUCUGUUCGCGUUAGUGACAAGUUAAUCAUCUGUUGCAGAAGACUGCAGUGAAACUCUAGGGGAAAAGAUCUCAAAGUGCACAUAAUCCAAAGUGCACAAAGUUCUAAGUGAAUUCUCAUGAACUCGCCAGACUUGCCAGUGAAUCUUGCCCAACACAUAGUCUUGCAUGAGAAAUGUCAUCCGUACAUGCACUGAACAAGACGAGCUUUGCCUUUGCCAACCCUGUUAGAGGCAUAAUGUUGGAUCCUUAAUAUAUGCAGUGGAAUCUCAUUGGUACAAUCUUCACAGGAACUGGAAACAAAAUGUAUGAUCUGAGAAUCGUAUAAUCCAGAGCAAGCUAAAAAAGUAUGAAAAUAGGCAUACUCAGAAACAUAUUAUUCCAAAAAACGCAUUAUGCAGGAUCAUAUCAAUGAGAUUUCAUUGUAAAAUAUUUUUAUUUUGUCCUGCAGCCGUUUCUGUGUGUAUUAUACCUAAUUUAUCAGUGUGAUCCUGGUACUCCCUUGCAAUAUUCGUAGAGAACAUGCACAAGAAUUGGUAAACUACUUAAAUCCUGCUGCAAUUUAGACUGUGUUCAUUUUGUUUUGUUUCUUUUGAUGACAUGUCCUUAGUAAUGUUGAGUCACACAUGGGUACUACUGGUCAUAAUUUGGACGGCACCAAGGUAGCAGUGACAGUCUUGUUCGUCUCAUUCUAAUGCCGGUGUUGUUUCAAAGCUGUUGCAUGUUGAACAAAUGCCUUCUGUACUCGUCUCAUGUUGGUGCACAAAUUUCAUCAGUGCCACUUUGUGCUAUGUAUAAUGUUUAAGUUUCACGCCCCAAUGCUGCUGCAGCAUGGUGGCGAUCUUUUUUUUUCUCUCGUACUGUUUGGUUCCUCGGUAGUGUUUAAAUCCUUGUCAGCUAUACAUCAUGAUGCACUAGCCGUUUGAAAGACUCUGCUAGUGCCUUUACAUUUGCUUUUUUUGUGUUUCUGUACAUAAUCCCUCUUUUGUUGUUUUAACAAACUCCCGGAAGAGCAUCGCUGUUUCUGUGUGUGUAAUCGUUUACAGUUUUGAGCCCUACUCUGUGUGGCUCAUCGUUGCCGGUGCAUAAGGUACAAAAUGCGUACAUUCGGGAGUGUUGCACAAGAAAAGCACUUCCUGAACAAAAAGUGCAAAGAUUCUUGUGUUUUGUGCAGACAUCUGCCCCUUCCACACACCUUGUUGAACUACUUAAGCAAACCAGCACAGUUUGCUGUAAAAAUGUACGCAGUGACUUUGUGGAAUGGCAAUUGAUACCCACGUCCACGUUUCUUGCUCUAUGGACAGCUUACAUAAUAAGGCAUAUUUCAUUUCUUGCUGCCAUACACAAUUUGCAGUUUGAUUAUUCGCAAGAUGUUCUCAAGGUAUUUGUCGAGACAUUAGAGAAAGCUUUUAUGAAGAUUCACUUAUACCUGUUUUCAGUUUACUGAAAGGAUGUAGAGUUAAAUUUGCUUUAUUUUUGCAUGCUGGUGAUGACUAUCAGCAGUAAUAAACACUUUGUUGCCACAUGUUUUCUGCAGAAAAGUAUUGUGCUUGUCUAUUUGAAACUUUUAACUUGUGGAACUUUCAGUGUGAGUGAUGCAGCCUACAUGUUCAUGGUGCAACUUUGAAUAGCUUCGAGGAAUUCACCAGAUACUCAAGACAUUUGACUGAGAUUUAGAAUACGUUGACCUCUGAAGCCAUGGAAAGUUUGGAAAUGAUCAAGUCUUUAGUUUUAAGCAUUGUUUGAAGCUUGCAGUACAGAUACUUUUCGACACACACACACUUGGCACCAGGACAGCUAAAGUAAGUUUUUGUCCUUCUUGGCCAGCUAUUUUUAUGUAUGGUUCUGCAAUUUAAUGCAUUUCUUGUUCCCAAAGGAAGUGCGUGAACUUGUUGCUUUCAAGACUUGGAAUGUGAAACUACGCAGUGCCUUAUAAUAUUUUGCUCUCUCCAAUUUUGUGAAUGCGCGGACAAGCAGUGCAGGCUGUACUGAGUGCCUUUGUUCCUCGCUGCCGAAGUUGUGAUGUUCCCACAACACAAUGUAUUUCACUGUAAAUAAAACAUGUCAUGCUUUGUGAAA